UCCAAAAAACCCAAGGCUUUUUCCUCUCCUUUUCUGCUCACUCUUCGUGUAAGAAACAGACUGACAGAGGCUAAAGAAAGAAAGAGGGGUGGGGGUAUUUGUUUUACAGUGUGGGGCUCCUUAUCCAGACAACAGAAACCUGGCAAGGACUUGUGGUGAGGGGACACACACACAAGGCAAAAGAAUUUUACGAUCACCUUCUCUUCUGCAGCACGCAGCUGAGAGCUGGAUAGACAGGAGACAUUUUGCAAGACUCUGCAACUGAAGCAGUGCUAACCAGGUGGUGCUGGUCCAAAUGGCUGCCAAGCUUUACGUUCUAAUCAGCUGGCCAGACGGCAGCCGUGUGAUCAACAUCGAAAACAUCAAAGAACCCCGAAAGCCAUUUCAUCUCUAUGCGGUGGGUGAGCAGGUGCUAGCCCGCUGCCCUGGCUUCAGUGGUCUGUAUUGGGGGGUCGUGGAAGGCAUAAGCGAGCAUAAAGAUAUCUUAGAGAAAAGGCUGCAGGAAAAUAGACAACUCUUUGAGAAGCUAAAAGAAGAACCAGCAGUGCACAGUGGGCUGCCAUCCCAAACUAAAAAAUCAAGGAAGACUUUUCCAAAAUGGAUGCCAGGAAGCUCCUUUCGCAAAUACAACGAUGACAGGAGCGUCUACGUCAAACCGCUGGUCAGGGAUGAAGACGCAGGGCUCCAGAAUGAUGCUGCCGUCUCUUCUGUCUUAAAGGAGAGGCGCAUCCUGACUAGUACGACCAGAUCCCACUGCACCAUGUCAGCACCUUAUCACUCUUCCACGGCCUUCAAAUCACCAUCUCCGUUCUUGACCCUGGCUGUGCCUGGCACAUCCCAGAAUGAAGAAGCAAGGCCUGGCACAGCUACCAGAGAUUACAUCACCCUGACAAUGAAAAGGAAGUCAGAUGGCAUUCUAGCUAAGUGUCAGCAGCACAUCCGUACCGACAGCUGUGAUGAACCAAAGACUGAAGGUUCCCCAGAAACAGAUGAUUUUGAGGUAGUUCAGAAAGAUUUUGGCCCUGGUGAAAUGGAAAGGACCGAGAAGAUUGAGCAACUGGAGAGAAUCAUAGUAGAUCUCCACCAAGAGAUUCUCUCCCUGAAACGGAAGGUGCAGCGGCUGGAAUCACUGUCCUUUCAGGAAGAACCCCGCAGGCAGCAAUGCGAGGUGGUGGAACUCUUUAAUGGAUACACGAAAGAGCAGCUGAAAGAGGCCAUCCGAUUCGACCAGAAAAUCAGCACCGCCUGCAAAACACUACUCUACAAGCUGUUCACGUCCGACUAUAUACAGAGCCACUCCAUCACAGGAAGGAGAGGGAACACCUUUCGGGAGGCUAAGCCCAUGAUGGAUGAGCGGUGCAUCAAAAUCAUUAGGGUGUUACUGAAGCAGAAGUUUGGGGACCACCUGAGUGACACAGUAAUCACUGAGAAAAUCCAAAAUGUGCAGAAAGCACUCAGGCAGAAAUUUAAGACUGAAUGUCUCUGAGCAGCAUGUGAUUCGAUAUCUCAUUUCCUGGGCAGUGCCAGAAUCUAGAAUACAAUGCAUUGAGCAGCCUUUCCAAAAAGUUGCUUUACCUUUGUUGUUUUGCUGAUUCAGCCCCUGGAUUAGUUGUGAAAGCUUUUGGUGAAAUAUCUGCUAGAAACAACACAAAAUAUCUGUGGCUAAGAGUCUGUCGGCAUUCACACAGUGGGAGAUUUUCACCUAGAAUUUUCCAAGUCUGACGUCAUUUUACAAACCCCAGUUUCGUAAAUCAUGCAAAGGAGUCAAUGUUUUUGUUCCAUUUAUAAUGGACAACUUUGGGGCGGAGAGGGGGGGAAGACUUGGAGAUUUCAAUUAAAGAAGCCCCCAUAAAUUUGGAUGGGUAAUCAAAUCUGAUUCCAACUAUUCAUAACACCUUGGGUCUGAAAAGUGAUGCUGAAAAUCUUACAAGAAGUAGGUUUUAAACACCCAAACUUUAGGAUGCGUGUUCCAGACUGACACGGUCAGCCUUCUGAACUUCCUCCUGUCAGACAGCUAGUAUUUCAGAUCCAGCUCAAAUGAAGCUAUAACCUAUUUGCAGACUCACAGACAUCAACUUUAACCUUUUCACUAGUCUCUAUUUCCUCACUUCCUCUCGGGUUACUGCAGUGGUAAAUAAGGUGGAGAGGGAAGGAUCAGAGGGACGCAAGCCACCACUCACUGAAAGGGCAUGGUGAGACACUUUCCACUUAUCUCUCUCGUAACACGCAAGGCAGUAAGAUGUAGAUGCCACAUACAGCCUUGUAGAGGGUUAGAACCAAAAAUUUCACCUCUCGGGGCAAUGAGUGUAACCUGAAUAAAAGCAAUACACGUGAAUUGUACAUGGAACUUAAAGGGCUCUGGGCCCACCUGAUCCUCACAUGGGAAUUGCAUCCCUUUCCUCAUUCAACCUUGCUUCUCUCCUCUCAGCUGCAGCCCCCAGCUUCUGCCAAAGAUAGAACAAAAUGAAUCCCUUUGAUGCCAGAUGAGUGUGUCUGAGAAUUUCCUCUGAUGACAGAAUGGGAGAGCUCCAUAAAACAUUAACAGAAGGAAAUGAUAGCUAGUGGGGUUUUUGUUGUGGUGGUUGCUUGCUUUUAUUUUUAAUGUUCCUAAUGCAGCUGUGUGGAAGAAGUGGUUAAAAUUCAUCCAAACUAUCACAAAUCUACCCAACAAUAAAAGCUCAAAGCUGCUCGCUCACCCACUUAAA